CCGUCAUCUUUCCUUCUUCUUCUUCUUCCUCUGCCUCCUCGUUCACAUACUCUUUCAACUUCAUCUUUCCUACUCACACAUAUACACAGUCUCUGUCUCCCUCUCUUUCAUCCCCUUUCCCCCCAUAUCCUCCUUCAUUGAUUCAUCUUCCGGUUUUAUCUCUGCAUUGUCCUUGUGUGGCACCCUUAUCCUUUGCGUGGUUAUCGGGUUCCCGUAUAGUUGCCCGCUGUACGCCCUCCCCCCAAAUCACCACGGUGGAUGGUUUAAUUCUUAACAUCAAGUGAUGUCCGGGAACUACGAUUAUCCUCCCGCCUCCCGCCGUCCUUCUCGAGGGUCUCGUACCAACAACGACCGACAGCAACGCCCUGUUUUAAAUCGUCUACAACAUCUACAGGAACUGCUCAAUUCCGAGCGUAACCGUGACAUUUCGGCUCGUGCGCUUGAAACUUUAAACCAGGAGUUGGAGGAAUACCGGGGCAGGUCCUCGUUUAUCGCCGAAGAGGCCAGGGCAGCUCUGGACCGGCAGUUUCAACAAGUUCGAGCGGAACGCCAGAUCUGGAAUCAACAUCAAGCCAACAGCAGCACGGCAGGCCUUGUGCGUCCUGGUGGUCAGAGACCGCACGCGUUGAAUGUGACAGUGGUGAAUUCGGCGGCAAGUGCUUCUGACCUGAACCGACCUGGCAGUAGGACUCCGAGGUUCCGUCCUCUCAGAGCGGAGGAUCGGAUUGGUCGCGUGAGAAGAAGCAGAGGCGCAAAUCAAACGUCUCUGCUGGAUGAGCCUGUUCCCCGUCUCGAGUCACCAACAGUCAUGCCGCAGCAAUUGGACAGUGAAUCCCCAAUGGAUCACUGGAGGACAAAGCGUCGCAAGUUGGAGACGGAUGAUCAUAGAGAAGGUCUGCAGAACUUUCGUUACGGUCAAUAUGGCCAGGUGGUGCCAGGACCACUCAGAAUGGAGUUAGCCAGCUGUGACGGAGGCACAUACGAACCGGACGGAGAAAGCUCCUGGCCCGAGAACAUCCUUCGCAAUGACUCCACCGUGUACUGCACAAAAUCAGACCGAUGCAACUUGAUUUUGAAACACCAAGCUGGAAUCCCUUUUUGUUUGCAGAAGAUCGUCAUCAAGGCGCCGAGAAUCGGUUAUGAUGCUCCGAUUCAGGAAGGCAUGGUUUUUGUCUCAAUGACAUCUGACGACCUUUUGGCUCGUACAGCCGCAUCUCAUGUUCAAUGUGAGGCGAACAGACGGACUGGGCGAAAUCGGCACAAUGGAAUGCAGCCAUCUCAGGAAUACCUGAAUGCGCACCGGCCUCGCCUGCCGAAUAUUCGAGGGAACAUGGCCGAAUCCAAUCUCAACGCCGAAGCGCCUGACACUGACAACAAUAACCCCGCGAGGCCCAUCGAGGGAGGCGAACCUGAUCCCAUACCGGAGUUUCGCACCAUAACCAAUUACGAUGAACAAUCGGACGCACGUUCGGAUGCCCACGGACGGAAUGACGAUGAUGACGAGACUCCUUACCUCACCGAGAUAGAGCGUCUGGAGUAUGAUCGGUUCGACGACGCCGCCAUCUGUUCGGACACCAGUGACAGUCUAAGCGAAGCUGAACUCGCUGAAAUGGGUACAUUUCCUCGCCGCCGCCGGGCUUUAUCAAGGCAGAUUCGAGCCAUGCGGCGUCGCUAUGAAGCAGCACACCCAAGGCACCGUCCACAUUCGCCCGAUACACCUCCCCCCCAGCGCUGCGAAGACUCGCAGCCCCUGGAUUCUUCGCUUAUGAAACCCCAUGCACGGUUUCACAUUGCCAGACACAAGAGCAUGGUCAGCAUCAAGUUUGAUCCCCCACCCUCAGGAAGAUACAUCCUUGUCAAGCUGUGGAACCCCCAUAGCGGAAAGAACAUAGACAUUCAGAGCAUCGUUGCUUACGGCUAUGGUGGCCCGAGGUUCUUCCCAGCCGCAGGUCUCAGAUGAGCCCAUAAUACCUCUUUCGUGCAACUCUCACCACCACACGGAUCUGUGUGUUCGCUUCAUGCUUGCCGGUUGUGCAAAUGUGCACCGCAAGCCACCUUCGGGCACUCUCAGGAACUGGCCUUUCAUUCCAUUACGCACAGCCAGGACUUGUUGGUCCCUUGUCUUCCUUCGUACCCAUACUACUCAUACCCAUACUCAUACCUCUGAUCGAAAACAAUACCCAACUUAGAUAGAAAUGUUCUUCAUGCAUCCGUAUGUUUCACACCUCUGAGGUGGUGAGACGAUGUUCCGAGUAUUCUGGUUACCCGUGCCUGAAAUCCGGCGUUGUAUUAAUGUGGGAUCACAAAUGAAACAG